AUGUGCAAAGAUAUAAAAUCUCUUGAUAUAGCUAAAAAAAAUCUUACGUUUUCAAUUACUGCUUUAAAAAAAUUUAUAAUGAUGCUAACUGCAGUUGAUAAACUAAGAGAUUGUUGCGCAAAUAAAAUAUAUAAAGAAGUUGCUAAUUUAAUUUCAGCUUUUGAUGAACUUUCUGUCUUUAUUUAAAAAUAUUAAACAAUCCCUCAAAUAUAGGAUUUAUAUAAGGAAAAAGACGAAAUUAUAAGAGAACUUUAACUCUAAAUAAAAGAGGAUUUCGAAUCUUAUUAUAACCAAUCGACUACUUUAACUUCUUAAGAUAUGAAUAGUGCAUGUGAAGUCAUAGAGACCUUAGGGUUGUCCUUUAAGUAAAAAAUGGUCGAAUAUAUAUGCGAAUUGGCUCUCAAGUCUUAUAAAAAUGCUUUCUCAAGAGCCGAAAAUUAACUUUUGGAUCAACACGAGAGACGUUUUGCCUGGCUCUGGAGAAACUUGGAUGAUUUCGAGAAAAAAUGGGUGAAUGUAUUCCCUGAAUACUGGGGGAUGUAAUGUAUGUUAAUUUAUGAAUUUUGUGGAAUCACAAGAAUUUAAUGUACCGAGAGUUUAGAAAAGCUAGGUGGAAAAACUGAAAUCGGAAUAAUUUUGAAAGCCUUAGUAAACACAUUAAAUUUUGAAGGAAAAAUAACUAGAGAUAUGGAAAAAAAAUAUAAGAAUUUUAUAAAUAAUAAUAAUUAAGAAAAUCAUUAAUAGUAAGAUGAAAUGUAAAAUGAAUAAAUUCAUAAUAAUAAUAUAGAAUUUAUACCUAAAAAUAAAAAAGAAUUCGCAAUUUAAAGACUCCCAAGAUUUAAAUGCUCAAUAUCAGAUUCUUUCGAACCUUAUUUAAAACCUUUUGUAGAUUAAGAAGAAAAUGAAUUAAAGAAAUGUAUAUAAGAUGCUUUAAGUGAUGAAAAAGUAGAAUAAGAUUUAAAAGUUUUUAAUUCUACAUUAAUUUUAUUAUCUUAUGUUCGUUAAUUAAUAAAUCGAGCGUCUUCCUAUUCUCGAAGUUAAACAAUGUUUCAAAUAGCUAAAGUAAUAAAAAAAGGUUUGAAAAUGUACAGCGAUGAGUUAAUAUAAAGAAUGUCAAAUGAAACAUAAAACAAACAUAAAAAUACUGAAUUUUUCCAAAAAUAAAUCGGUUUUUCCAUUAAUACAUCAGAAUGUUGGAAAGAGAAUAUUACUGGCUUAGAAGAUCUUGUAAAAGCAAAACUAGACAGUCCUUAUUCUGAAUAAUUUGAUAUGAGUUCUGAAGACGAUUCUUUUUCUUCAUGUAUUAAUAAAGGAGUAGAAUAUUAUAUAAAUUUUGUAGAAUGGAGUAUGGAAGGCCCUUUUAAUAAUUUAGCGAAAAUAAACUGGGCUUAAAUUUUAGAAGGAUAGGCUGGAAUAGACUCAAAUGAAUGUGUGAAAGAAAUAAAAUUCUUUUUAAAUUAACAUGCAAUAAUUAUUAAAGCAAUUAUUAGUGAAGUUUAUUAAUUUUUCUAUUUUAAAAAAUUAGUACAAACUGUUAAUAAUAAGUUUCUUAAUACAGUCUAUAAAAUUAAGUCAUUUGGAAACGGGGCUAUACCUUAAUUAAUUGUAGAUUGUACAGAAUUGGAAAAUACACUAAAUGAUUAUACGAAAAAAGAAGAAUAAUAAUAAAUUUAAAAUAAAUAAAUAAAUAGUUAUAAUUAGUAUGUGAAAAAAAGCUUUAAUAAAACUAAAAAUAUAUUAAAACUUAUAGGAAUGCCCGUUUAAGGUUUUAUUGAUAAUUUUAGUAAUUUCUUUGAAGAUGCUAUUAUUACGGAUUUAGAUAAAUUAUUAGCUAUAAAAGGACUGAAAAAACAUGAAGUACCUUAAUUAUAUAAAGCAAUUAAUAAAAAUAAUUGA